CGGCGCGGGACGGAGACGUGGAGAAGGGGUAUCUGCAGUAUUUGGUGAAAAGAACUUCCUGAAUGGAAUGAUCUGGUUGGAACAUGGCCCCAGGAAAAAGCAUAAAGUACUUGGAACUGGUGCUGCCCUGCGAGUGGGAUGGCUGUACCUUUGUUGGGAAGACAAUGGAGGAGUUCUGCGACCACAUAGCUGUGCACUUGAAAGAACAUGUCAAUGAGUAUGACAGCUUCGGAGAUUUAGAUGAGUACCAGUGCCUCUGGAGGGGCUGUGGCUUCCUGGCUGUAGAAGGCCCCAAUGAGCUGGUGGUGCAUGUAAACUUCCACAGCUAUCAUGCUAAGCUGAAAUAUUUUGGCUUGGAGCUGCAGCGCCUACGUCCAGAUCUUCCUGUGUGUUCUCUGGACAACCAGAACCAGAACUUGAUUCCAGAAAUUGCAGAAACCUUUACCUGUCAGUGGGAGCAUUGUGAUAGUACAUUUGACAAUCCGGAAUGGUUUUACCGGCAUGUGGACAUGCAUGGACAGUGUACAGAUAAAGAAAGCCUUCCAAACAAAAAUGAAACCAUUUCAUGCUGCUGGAAAGGUUGUGGCGCUACGUUUAAAAUCAGAUUUAAACUUCGUGAGCACCUGAGGAGUCACACACAGGAGAAGGUUGUCUCCUGCCCCAACUGUGGAGGAAUGUUUUCCAACAACACCAAGUUCUACGACCAUGUUCGCCGGCAGACCUCGAAUGAACAGAAGACCUUUCCCUGUCAGCACUGUGACAAGCAGUUCGCCAAUGAGAGGCUGCUAAGGGACCAUGUACGAAAUCACGUGAACCAGUUUAAAUGCCCACUCUGCGACAUGACCUGCACUACUUUCUCCUCAUUAAGGACACAUAUCAAGUUUCGCCACUGUGAUGAGAGGCCAUAUGCGUGCGACUUCUGUGAGAACAGUUUUAAGAAUUUGUACGAUCUGCGAAAGCACAUCGAAACGCAUAAUGAUGAACCUACAUACCGCUGCAGCUCAGAUGGCUGUAACUUUAGUGCCCGCAGUGUGCAAACCCUGAAACAGCACUACAGGAGAAUACAUGAGGGAGAAACAAAGCCUCGAUACAAGUGCCACAUUUGUGCCAAAUGUUUUUCUUGGGCCUAUACACUAACAAUGCACCUACGUAAGAUGCACCAGCUGAAGUGGCCUUCUGGACAUGCACGAUUCAGAUACAAGGAACAUGCAGAUGGAUAUUUGCAGUUACAUGUGGUGCGCUAUGAAACAGUUGAGCUGACUCAACAGAUCAUCAAGGACUUGGAGAAGAGGCGAGGGCCCCGAAGGAAGGUGACGGAAGCAUGUCUCCAUACACCAGAACCCCGCCGCAAGACCAUCUCUGUAAAACCCACAGCGGGCAAAGCAGGCAAGGAGGAGGAGGACUACCUCGCAAUUGCCACUCGGCUGCGGCGUGCUGGGCACCAGGAAACUAGCAACUUGCCAACCAGGCCUUCACUGAAGGCCCCUCAGCCAGCGCAGUGCAACUCCCCAGAGCCCCCCAAAAUGGGUGAGCAGUGUUCAGAGAUUUCUGGAAAUCACUCUCCAAUCUAUUCUGUCCUCCGUAAUGUAUCCCAGUCAGCAUCUGGGCAUCCUGCUGCUCCUGAAAGGAGUGAAGCUGUCCCCUCUCUUGACCCUGUUGACACAUUGGAGAAGGUAGCGCGAGGUCUUGGUAUUCAGAUAAUUGGAUAGUCAGAGUUGCCAGUAGCAAAUUGCUGAAAUCCAGGUCCAUAACUUCUUUAAACAGUAGU